UCACGAUGUACUUUUUAUAAGAGUCGUGUGUUGAGCUUUAUACUCUAGUCGGGCUGAUUCGCUGGGGCAACACACACACAUACACAAGACAAUACCCAAGCUUCUGGAGGAAAACAGACCCCAGAAACAAGAAGAACAAAACACCGAGUAACCAUGAGUACGUUCACAGAUUACGACGAGGUGUCAAAGGGAUACGACAUCUGCAGACGAGCCACCAACAUGGACCUCCUUGUUGGCAUGGUGACGCAUCUAACCAAAAAGCCGUUGAAAGAGCUGUCUGUGCUGGACGCUGGGUGUGGCACGGGAAACUACGCCCUGGGACUGCUCGAUGCCGGUGUCGGUCAUGUGACGAUGAUGGACGGCUCGGAUGGCAUGCUUCAAGCAGCUCGCAAGAAGACGGCCAACUACCAAAACAACACCGAGUAUCGGCUAGGGAAACUGCCGCAACUGCCGUUUCCAGACAACAGCUUCGACGUCAUCAUGUUCAACCAGGUUCUCCAUCACCUAGACGACAAGGGUAAAGAUGACAACCGCUUCCCCGCUGUUCGAGAAACUUUGUCAGAAGCCACCAGGGUGCUCAAGAAAGGGGGCGUGAUCGUCAUUGACAUAACCACUUAUGAACAAAAUACACACAAGCAUCAAUACGGAUUUUGGUUCAUCUCACUGCUGGGAGUAACUAAAGCCUAUUCCAACCGAACACCACCAUUGUCCCUGAUCCGCGAAGUACUCCAAGAUGGCGGGUGCAGUGACAUACAACAUUACGUUCAGCUGGAACGCAUUUUGAUGGAUUACAAAAUGUACUCCGACUUAGAGGGGGCGCUCGAUCCUUCCUGGCAAAAGGCAGACUCAAGUUUUUCUGAGGCGAGCCCAGAACAGAUUGAUGAAUUCUGUAAGAAGAUCAGGAUCAUGAAGGCCGAGGACACAUUGAGACAAUACUUUGAGCAGUGUGAACAAUCUCGACUCAAAGUGGGACAGGCGAUCACCAUUUUCGCCCGCAAGUAGCAACAUGUGACGUCAUCAGUGGCGGAUCCAGAAAACCCAUUGCAGGGGGUGGGCAAUGACAUGAGGUGGAAUGCCAAUGGAACUUUGGGGGACUUUUGGAGGGGAUCGUAAAAAAAAGAGAGAAAAUUAAUGGAUAAUAAAAUUAUAACUGUUGCAAAAUGUAGGGGGGACGCCCCCUAGAUCCGCUUCUGGUCAUCACUGAAAAACUGCAUUAUUAGUUUCCUUAAUAUAAUUCAAUUUAGAAAAAAAAAAUCGUUUAGUUAUGGGGAUUAUUAUUCUCAGUUAUUGGUUUUAAUAAUUUAUAAAAAGAUUUUGGGUCAUUCAAUUUUAGAUCGCGCAUUUGUUUUUCUGCUUUGUAUUUGUGUGCUGCAUUUUCUUUAAAUAAACAUUUCUCAUAUGA